AUGUCUGAUCGCGGCAAAACUGGAGGCAAAGGGCGUGCCAAGGGCCGAGCCGAAGAUUCUCCCACUGGUCUCCAGUUCCCCAUUGGCCGUAUCCACCAGCUGCUGCGCAAGGGUCACUAUGCCGAGCAUGUCGGGGCCGGAGCCCCCGUCUACUUGGCUGCCGUCCUCCCAUGCCUGAUGGCCGAGAUCCUCGAGCUGGCCAGCAACACGGCCUGGGACAACAAGAAGACCCGCAUCAUCCCCCGCCACAUGCAGCUCGCCAUCCGCAACGACGAGGAGCUCAACUACCUGCUGGGAGGGGUCACCAAAGCCCGGGGUGGGGUCCUGCCCAACAUCCAGGCUGUGCUGCUGCCCAAGAAAACUCGCCACCCCAAGAAGGUUUAUGCCUGA